AUGCCAAAGAAACCUCGGUACACCAUUAGUAAUGCAGCCAGAAUUGUAGCUGGCCCUAAUAGUCAAACCCACGCUAAUCCGCAAACGGAUGGAACGCAUGAUACGGGAGCAGAUACUUCAAUUGCACAGCGACGUGCAAGAGCCCCUCCACCUCCGCAUUCAGGCCACGGUGCUCGACAAUUCCGUGUUAACGCUGUACCCUUUCGACCACCUCGCAAUGAAACACGGCUGGAUUUGUUAGGUGAUAUUGGGGACGCUCGAGCUCCGACAAAUAGAAAGCAUCCACCGGAUUCACAUGAAGGUGUAGAUGACCAUUUAGAAGACGCAGACUAUGACUCGGAGGCGGAUGAGAUCGAGUCAUUUGAUGACCAUCUAGACAACAUGUUUGCCGCACAUGAAGUUGAACGUCAAGAAAAUGGUGUGAUCUCUUCUAUGGAGCUGACUGUUAAGGAGGCAUUAGCACUUCCUCCUGGAAAGAAGAUCGUUCUACACCAUAACAAAGAGUUGCAACAAGUUGAUCAGGCAGCGGGCUUAUUGAGCGGGUUCUUGAAAACAUUGGGGUCUGAUUUUCAACAAUUACCGAUUUGUGCAAAGAGUUGGAAGACAAUGAGCAAGGCUUCCAAGGAGCACGCGUAUGACCAGGUUAAGCGAGUCUUCCACUAUGAGGACGAUAAAAGAGGGUGGAUAAAGUGGGGAAUUGUACAAAGAAUAGGAAGCUGCUGGAGAAAUUCAAGAAAUCAUUUGUUCCAUAAGGUUUAUGAUGAAGAACUAACUUUUGAGAAAAACAUCAGGCGCAAGCCAGCAGGAAUAGAGGCAAAUCACUGGAAAAAGUUUCUUAAAUAUCGGUUGGACGGUGACACGAAGGAGAAGUGUAGAAUAAAUGCCGUUAAUCGUUCAAAGCAACAACACACACACACACAGGAGGUUCUAAAACGAUGGCAAGAAAGAGACACAAAGAAGAGCAACGACAGGGAAGACCUAUUGGGAGAGAUUAGUGUAAAUCCGGACCGCACAUGUUUGCAGGAAGCAAUUGAACUUAUUGAGAGCCAAGACCCCUCUAGCAAGGAAUUUUCACAGAAUGAUUCCCUUGCACAAGUGCUUGGCAAGGAGCACCCAGGAAGAGUUCCUGGACUCGGUAUUGGUACAUGUCCGAGUCGGUGUUUUCGUAACAUUCCAGAGCAGUCGGACUACGGUGUACAGAUUGAGGAGUAUCAGAUGGAGAUUUUGAAACUCAAGGCGGAGGCAGCAGAACUCAAGGCAGCAGCAGCAGAGGAAAAGGCAAAGAGACAGAGAAUGGAGACAGAGGCAGCUGAAGGGAAGGCAAAAAUACAGACAAUGGAAACAGAGGCAGCUGAAGGGAAGGCAAAAAUACAGACAAUAAAAAAUUUGUUGACAUACAUAAUCCAGCAGCAAGGAGGUAAUUUGCCACCUGAAAUAGCUGCGGAUUUGGAUUCGUUGAGAGGUGCACCAACCUCAUCCCAUUCAAGAUGA